AUGGACGUCGACCCCACUACCAACAACAAACGAGUUGAAGGUGGACUUUAUGAUGACGUCGUCCGUCAGCUGAUGGCGUUACCAAAGGGAAUGUCUUUAGGAGAUGCCACGUACCAAAAAGAUUUCGUGCGAGAGACCAGCCUCUAUUCUGGAGGCUUCGCAUACAAAUGCAAAGAAAACGGUGGGGAGUAUGAGACAGUUCUGGUGGGCGAAAUCUUGCCACGUCCAUGUGGAACGAAAUUUAGCGCGAUGGGUAAUCAUUAUGUCGGAACUGCAGACACUCCGAACGUCAUUGAUGAUAAAGCGAGAGUGAAAGGUGUAUUUGCGCUAGGUCAACCAACUCAGGCGACGGAGAUGAUGUACAUCACUUUUGGAAACCAAAUCGCAACGUUGGACGACAUCAUCCAAAGUGACAUCGAGGAACUUAAGAAGAAAAACAAAGAUAUCAAUAUAAAGGAAUGGACUGCGCAUGCAGGAACUGACCAAUCCGGGGCGCCUGAUUUCAUUCUAGUGAACACCGAGCCAUUGUAUGCGGUACCGAAAGCUGCGCAACAAGCGAUGCAAGGAAAACGAGCAAGAGUGGAGAAGAAAGCGCUCAACAGUAACAACGAUAUUCCGGAAGGCAAAUGUGCUGAGGGAGGAUCGUCUUCUGACAGAGGAACCAAAGAACAGAACCCCGAAACUGCAAUCAGCAUUAACACCUUUCACGAUCCGACUACUCUCCCGGAUUACGGAGGAGAUCUGUUCCAACACGUCAAUGCUAAGCUUCGUCAACUAGAUAUCAGAAAUGUGGAUAAUGAACUCAUCGCUCCUCAAGAUUGGUACUCUUCACUGAGGCGAGGAACUCUGGUCAUGAUAAGGGCCACAUUACACGCUUUCAAUUGGAAAGAGCGACGGGUUUAUCAGCUGAACGCACACACCAUUCGUGUGAUGGACCCAUCCAAGUUGGAAAUAGAGCCGUUGAAUGCACAACCGAAUGGUUUUGAUAACAACGGAAAUGCGUUGGCAUCUACCUCGCGUGCAUCUGAUGCAAUGGCGAACAUGAGUUUGGGAAAAAGGGUGAGGAAAGAUUGA